AUGGAAGCACGAAUAUUCGCAAAUCGAUCACUUCGCUUCGAUAAGAUCAAAUGCGUCGGUUUCGACAUGGAUGCAACCUUAGCAAUUUAUAAAACACCAGUAUGUGAGGAAUUGGCAUUUGACUUAGCUGUUCAACGACUAGUAUUCCUGGGAUAUCCACCAGAUAUUGGGGCAGCCCCAUACAGGAAGGAAGCAAUCAUUAGAAAUACGUGGUAUGAUAAGAAGUAUGGUAAUCUUCUGAAGACCGAUGAGCAUUGCAACAUAUUGAGUGCUUUUAGAGGUUUCAGAAAGCUGAAGGGAAAAGAGGUGCGACAGUACUACAGGAAUAAACACAUUGCUUUGGAAAGAGCAAGGAUAUUUGUGUUGAAUACAGUCUUCAACGUACCUGAAACAUUUCUCUUAUCUGCCGUUGUGGAUUACUUUGAAAGAAGGGUUGGAGCCGAAUAUGAAGGGUUAAAUGACAAAAUCGGCUAUAAGAAGAUCAACGGAGAACAAAUUGUUUUAUUCUCUACGAUAUUCGAGGAUUGCAGAAACGCUAUAGACUGGAUACACACUCAUGGAGUAUUCAAAAACGAAAUCACUGGUAAUUUGAAGAGAUAUAUAGCGCAGGAUAGCCGCGCAGCAGCAAUGUUCCACAAACUUUCGCAAGGUGGGAAGAAAACGUUUCUUCUGACCAACUCAGAUUGGAUCUAUACAGACCUAGUAAUGUCGCAUGUUAUGGGAUCACAAUGGAGACAAUUGUUCGACGUAGUGAUUGUGGAUGGCGAAAAACCGAAAUGGUUCCUAAGCGAUUCCGCCUUCAAAACCGUGGAUGUAUCUACCGGUUGUGCACAAAUGGGGAGUCACAGCGGACCGUUGCAGAAAAAUGAUGUUUAUUGUAAAGGUUGCGCGACUGAAUUUGUACAACGAAUGGGUUUGGCUGGAAAGGAUAUACUUUAUGUAGGAGAUCACAUUUUUGGAGAUGUCUUGAAGUCAAAAAAGGUAGAUGGAUGGCGCACUUUACUUAUCGUUCCAGAAUUGGGCACAGAACUAAAGAUAUGGUCUCAACAGCAACCGAAAUUCCAUAAAUUAGUCGAACUACACCAGAACCUGUCUCUUGACCUUGGGGAGGAGGAUAGAAAAAAUAUAUUGAAACAGAUUUCCAAAAUCUCAAAUGAUAUGGAAUCGGAAUAUGGAAGUAUGGGUUCUAUGCUAAGAUGUGGGUGGCGUCAGACGUAUUUUGCUGGACAGUUGGAAAAAUAUGCUGAUCUCUACACGGGCAACGUUUACAAUCUCUAUGGGUACUCCUGUGCACAUUACUUCAACUCUCCUAUUCAACUUUUACCACAUGAAGAAAAAAUCAUAAGGGGAAUAACACCAGUUAUGAUGGGCUUACCACAUGAAGAACGGAUUCCGGGCUUGCUAAGCGAAGUAAGCGAUUUACCGAGUGAGAGGGAACAAGAAGAUGAAACAGAAAACGACAGUGCAUGUUGCGGCUGUUGCCGAAUUCGCAAGAACUAA